GGAAAAGUAAAAGUAGUCAGUUGUGCAGCUGCUUACAUUGAAUAUACUUAAAUGAGCUGGGUUGAGGGUUUUGAUACGGAGAUUGGCCCUUCUCGUAAAGUUAUGUAUCUUCUUGGUAUUUACCCGGAUCCAAAAAAAAAGCUCAACUGGAUAACUCGUGGCUACUUUCUGUUACCAGCAACAAUUAUGCUUUAUUUCUGUAAUAUUCCACAAUCAGUGACAGCAGUAAAAGUUUGUAAUGAUCUAGAUGCAGUUCUAGAAGUGUUAACCACGUCUGAUAUUUCUGUCGCAAUUGCGCUUUUUAAACAUUUAGACAUAUGCUAUAACGCCGAUGUAUUAAACCAGCUUGUCUUGUCGAUGUUCAAUGACUGGACUUCACCAAAAACAAAUAAGGAGCUACUAGUAAUGUGGAAAAAUGCUAGACGUGGUCGAUUGAUGUCCAUCAUCAUAAUAUUAUUAGCCGAAGGAACCGUCAUUGCCUACUUUGUAGCUGCCGUUUAUUUCAAUUAUAACGCGUAUGCACGUCAAACAAAUCCCGAAAAUAAUGUAACGGAAAAAUUUAGACCACUCUACUUGAAAGCCGAUUUUUUCUAUGAUGUACAGAAAAGUCCAGUGUUUGAAAUAACUUGGAUAUUUCAAUGCUUUUCGACGAUCUUCGCGGCUUCAUCUUUUUCAGCGGUCGAUGCAUUUUUUGCCGUUCUCGUUCUUCAUCUGUGUGGUCAACUGAACAAUUUGAAGGAAAAUCUGAAAAGUUUGUUGCUAUCUUCCGUCAACAUUGAUAAUGUGGAAAGUUAUUCGGAAAAUCUUGUACAUAUCAUCGCACGGCAUCAAUAUCUUGAUAGUUUUGCUAGAAAUAUUGAAGACGCUUUCAAUGUGAUGUUUCUCGUCCAAAUGGUAGUUUCUUCAUUAGUGCUUUGUCUUCAAGGUUAUCAACUUGUCACGAUGAUAACUACAGAAGAUGGAAUUCUACUUUUUGAUCUCAUUUUCAUGAUAUACUUCACACUUUGUUUUAUGUUCAGCUUAUUUGUAUACUGUUACGUGGCCGAAGUUUUGCGGAAAGAGAGUAUGGAAAUCGGGGAUGUGGCGUAUGAAAUUGGCUGGUAUAAUCUCUCUGCGGCACAGACAAAACCUCUGAUUAUGAUAAUGUUGAGAGCAAAACAACCAUUCCAAAUCACGGCCGGAAAAUUUGUGAAUUUUUCCUUGGAGUUGUACUGUAAAAUAUUGAAGACCUCGGGCGGGUAUCUAUCGAUGUUACUUGCCAUGAAAGAUCGAUUAUAAAUACUGCCAAAUAAGUAUCAAAUUCAAUAUCAAUCUCAACUGUGAAAAUUUUUUUUCAGUUAUCG